AUGGCGAGAAACGACGAGGUCGACAUGGAAAAUGAACUUCUCGAUCUGUCGAAGGAGACUACCUAUGCCGAAAAGGUUGAGCUUUUGGGCAAGCUCUUGGAUUCCGAGAGCACCCUCUUCUCCAAGAAAAUGCGCGAUUGGCUCGUGAAGGACGAUGCUCUCAAGGUCCUGAUCCACUACGUCACACGACCGGCGAAGACGGAGGGUCAGCAGGAAGCCACCGACAACGGGCUCCCUUUUACGAUUUUGAACUCAGAAGAGUACAUCAUCUCCUCCAACAAGCGCCGAGACGCUCUCCUCGCCUCUGAGGCUGAGAAGAAGGAGCUGCGCGAGUUGCAGAAGCAGAAUGGUGAAGAAGAUUCGCUUGAAGAUGAGGAUGAGGACGACGAUUUUGCGUUCUCCAAGGAGGCUAAGCGUGCCGACAAGGCCGCCGAAGUGUUCGUCUACCAGGCUGGCUCGCUGCCGCAGGACUUCAUCGACAAGAACCUCGAAGAUAUUGUGAAGGAGAUCUUCGCCAUUUUCGAUAUUAAUGCGGAGGGCGACUUCGACAAUUUUGACAAGAUGUUCGCCUCGCUGUUGGGUCCCUAUGGAAGCAAGGUCUUCAACGUUUUCAACAAGAACCGAAAGCUUAUUCUCCACCUGCUUAACUACCUUCACGAUCCGGCUAUCAGUGAAACGCUGAUGGGCGUUAUCAAGGCCACGCUCCCCGAUCAGGUUCUGAUGAACUUUUACAACGCCCUCAACGAAGACGGUUUCUGGGAGACGCUGGGACAAAAGAUCUACGGCCCUGGCGCGGAGUCGUCAUUCGAGGAUGCUUCUGCUUUCUUCAACCGCCUCGUGGACCUUUGCUCGACGCAGAACAACGCCGAUGUGUUGUUCCUGCACCUGAGCCAGGACAUGGGCUUCCUCGAUGGCCUCGUAGACUGCAUCUCCAACAACUCCGGAAAUCUGCCUGCCGAGCAACAGAUCGCCGCCAUUAACGCGCUGCGAGCGCUUCUGCUGAAGAGCGGCGAGCAGCUUUACGACACUUCUCUCGAAGCCUACACCCCCACGCCCGUGCCCAACAUGCUCUCCGGCAUUCAUGAGGACCUCCACAACCACUUGAAGACCAGGGCCGGCUCUCUCGCACAGAGGCUUGUCGACGAUGCCAAGCAGCCCAAGAAGAAGGCGGACGAGGCUGUAUUUUCUACCUACAGGGUCGCUUCUCGCUUCACGAUCCACAGAGUCCACCUUCUGGAGGUGCUUGCGGAGCUGACGCAGCAGAACCCUCAGGAAGUGCUGGACAGCUUCACCGCCCCUCUGUGGAAGGUCCUGUCCGACUGGCUCUUUGAGCACCGGUUCAACAACAUCUACCACGACCUGUUCCACAAACUGUUCAGGACCGUCAUCAGGAUCAACCACGUCGAGUCGAUGAAGGCCCUCUUCUCGAAACACAAGUUCAUCACCCGAAUGAUCGAGCACUACAAGACCACCAGCAGCAAGGACUCGGGCCUGCGCAGCUACAUCAUCCUGAUGGGCAACUAUGUGCGCCUGACAGCCGACGCGCAGCCACCAUCCGAGUACCUCAAGUCUUUCCUCACCUCCCACGUCCAGUGGAAGGAAUUCGUGCCAUUGCUCAAGGAUGACACCGUCAAGCAGUUCGUGACGGCGUUCCCCGCUCCCUCGGGCGGCCACCCCAUCUCGCUGAGCCCGUUCGCCAGCGCCGAGACGUUCGGUCUCCCAUCACCGAAGACGACAUCGACGUCGACCUCGGGUCGGAACGCCAACAACCUGGGCCUGGAGGACGCUUCCGUGUAUGUUGAAACGAAGAAGAAGAGGAAGCGGAAAAGGAAGUCGAAGAGCAAGAAGGCCGGCGAGGAUAAGGGCGAGAACGCGGAGGGCGAAGGGGAGGAGGGCGACGGCGACGACAGCGACGGAUCGGACGACGAGGAGGAUGAAGACGAAGAGGCUCCCGCGCUCGAGGAGGAGCCCCCCGCGCUCGACGACGAGACGCCAAACGACGGCGCCGAGUCGCCAUCAAACGCCGACGCGGCCGCCGAGCAGAACAGCUCCGUCGUCGAGGAGGGCAAGAGUGACGACGCUGCUGCCGCUUCGACCGAGUCUGCCGCCGAGAGCCAGGCCUCUGCUUGA